AUGGUCGCUAUAGACCAAAAGCUUCGAUGGAAGCACUUAUACAAUGUCUUAACGAGGUCCGGCCCAUUCAGUGACGAGGACUGGGUUCCUGGGCCAGAGACGAUAAGCACGCUAGAAUCAUCCAAGAUCUUAGGUGCUGGAGGCCUAGGGUGUGAGAUCCUGAAGAACCUGGCCUUAUCAGGCUUCAGAGACAUUCACGUCAUCGACAUGGACACAAUUGAUAUCUCCAACCUCAACCGUCAGUUCUUGUUCCGUCAAUCUGACAUUGGCAAGCCCAAAGCCGAGGUUGCGGCUGCGUUUGUGGAGAGACGUGUCAAAGGCGUGAAGAUCACCCCUUAUGUCGGCAAGAUCCAAGACAAAGACGAAGACUACUACAUGCAAUUCAAGAUCGUUGUUUGCGGCCUUGACAGCAUCGAAGCCCGACGUUGGAUCAACUCGACCCUGGUCGGCAUGGUUGAUUUUGACAACCCGGAGAGCCUGAAGCCCCUCAUCGAUGGCGGAACCGAAGGGUUCAAGGGCCAAGCGCGCGUGAUUCUGCCGACGCUCUCCUCCUGCAUCGAGUGUCAGCUGGACAUGCACGCGCCCCGACCGGCGGUGCCGCUGUGCACCAUCGCCACAAUCCCGCGCCAGCCCCAGCACUGCAUUGAAUGGGCCCAUCAGAUCGCCUGGCAGGAGCAGCGCAAGGACGACACCUUCGACAGCGACGACCUGGAGCACAUCGGCUGGAUCUAUAAUGCGGCGCUGGCGCGAGCCCGCCAGUUCCAGAUUCCCGGCGUCACCUUCCAGAUGACCCAGGGCGUGGUGAAGAACAUCAUCCCGGCCAUCGCCUCGACUAACGCCGUCAUCGCCGCCGCCACCACCUCCGAGGCCCUAAAGAUCGCCACCUCGUGCAACCCGUACCUGGAGAACUACAUGAUGUACGCCGGCGAGGAGGGCGUCUACACGUACACCUUCGAGGCGGAGAAGAAACCCGACUGCCCCGUCUGCGGCAACCUCGCGCGCGCGAUGACCGUCGAUCCGAACAUGACGCUGGAGGCCUUCAUCGAGGCGCUGGGCGAGCGACCCGAGGCGCAGCUGAAGAAGCCCAGCAUGCGCACGGAGGAGAAGACCCUCUACCAGCGCUUCCCGCCGCAGUUGGAGGAGCAGACCCGGUCCAAUUUGAAGCUCAAGCUCAGCGAUCUGAUCGCGGAUGGCCAGGAGAUCGCAGUCAGUGACCCGGCCUAUACCAUCGAUUUCCGGUACAGGCUGGAUUUCAGCUAA